AUUUACUAUCCUUAUUAAUUAUGGAUAUUGAAAAAUUAAUUAAUAAAUUAUCUAGAUGUCCAACAGAGGAUAAUGCCAAUGCUAUAUUGACUAAAAUUUCGGCUUACGGAGAGUCUUUACCCCAUCGUUUCCCUCAAUUUACUGGCACACAAGAUACAACAGCUGAAGAGAUCUUAAGAUUGACACAAGCUCAGGUACUUACGCGGUAUAAUCCAUUAAAGGUUGAUUCAGAUGGUAAUUGUGCAUAUAGAGCUGCAUCUUUGGGUCUUUUUGGAGAUGAAAAGUAUCAUCUAUACAUCAGACUUGUGGCCGGAAUAGAAAUGAUUCUUUUUAGACAUAUAUACGACACCAAAGACCCCAUCCUUUCGUAUCAUGUAGCCUUUCGACUUAUAGGCCUACCCUAAAAUAUGGGUUAUUGCUUAACGG